AUGUUUACGAAAAAACGACUGGCUGUGCAUCAGGUCCGCAGCUCUGCCACGCGGCGCACUGCGAGUGGCAUCACUCGCAAUGAUAUCGGGUGUGGUACUGUUGGUUGUAAACUCUGUGCCUCAACGGCAUGUCAAAACAGUGGCAACAGCAGCUCACUCGUCCCAACAGCACCCAUAAUGAUCCCCGACGCCGUCACCAUCCUACAUAAUAUGAAUGCUAUGGAGGAUGCCCGAAUACAGAAUAUUGUUCUGCUCUCCACCGUCAUGUCGGAGGUGCAAGAGCGCAACAAGGCCAUAUAUGCGCGACUCCAGCGUUUGGUAGGUGGUGAAAGAAAGCAGUGCUACGUCUUCUCAAACGAUCGCCACGAGCAGACUCAUUGUGUGAUGCAGAGCGAAGAAACGCGGAGCGACUUCAAUGAUCGUUGCGUUCGUGUGGCAGGUCGAUGGUACGCACAGCAUCUUGCCCUCGCCUUCCCAGCCGUAACGGGCGUAGCGGAGAUUCCAAGCGUUGUGUUAGUUUCACAUGACAAACUACUGCAGAGUGCACCUAAUUCAGCGCAGGCUGAGGAAAAUAUCUCUAACCUUUCGUGCCUCACACUGCGACAGUUUUUAGAGGGAUGCGUAACGGCUGGAACGGACUUGCUGGAGAUGAUACAACCCGACAGACCAGUGGAAGGAAAGGAACAGGGAUCAGCGAGAGCGCUGUUUUCCCCACACCUCGCCGAGAGUGCCUUGGAUCUUGGGGUUCAAAAUGGUACGUACCUUCGUGGAAAGCUGCGUGUUAGCGAAACGAAUUGUUUUUUUGGCGAGAUCCGCGGGCAAUGGAAGGGGCACAACUUCGAGCGGGUGCUGCUGCCCGGACGGACGAACCUCAAUCGUGCCAUUCAUGGGGACAUUGUUACGGUGGAGUUACUUCCGGUGGCUUCGUGGCGCCCUUUGAGGGGUGCGAAACCAACGGAAGAGAUGAACGAUACCGGUGCAGGCGGUGAUGAUCACGAAAAUAGCGGUCGUGAGGGUAUCGGUGAGGAGUCAGAAGGAGCAGCACUGGCGCGUGGCUACACGCCCGUUGGCCGAGUUGUCGGCAUCACCACCAUGAACCGACGCCCCUUCUGUGGCAGCAUCGAUGUUGAAGAAUUGAACAAACUGGCAGAUACGUUGGACACGCUAACAGGUACGGUGAGUGUGCUGUUUCAGCCGAAGGACAAUCGCAUCCCCCGCAUCCGUAUUACUACGGCUCAUCUAGGGGCUCUAAAGGAUAAGAGGUUAAGUGUUAUUAUUGAUGACUGGGGGGAGCACAGCAGCUUCCCCGUGGGUCACUACGUUGAGGUCCUCGGUACUAUUGGUGACAAGGACACGGAAGCAAAGGUGAUCCUUCUGGAGAAUGACAUACCGCACUAUGACUUUAGCGAGGCGGUGUAUGACUGCCUUCCAAAGGGCGAGUGGAACGUCACUGAAGAGGAACUUGGCAACCGGUUGGAUCUUCGCGACCUCUGCGUUGUCAGUGUUGAUCCACUUGGAUGCCGAGAUAUCGACGAUGCGCUUCACUGCCGCAGAGUGAAUGGAAACCACUUGGAGGUCGGCGUUCACAUCGCCGAUGUUACGCACUUCCUGAAAGAGGGCACCGCGAUGGACGAGGAGGCGGCGAAGAGAAGCACAAGUGUGUAUCUCGUAGAUAGACGUAUCAAUAUGCUCCCUCAACUUCUCACGGAAAACUUGUGUUCUAUUGUUGCUGACGAGGACAGAUAUGCAUUCUCAAUUAUGUGGGAGUUUGAUGAGAAUUACUCUGUAGUACGUGAGUUCUUUGGGAAGACGGUAAUCCGUUCUCGUGCUGCACUUUAUUACGGUGAUGCACAACGUAUGAUCGACGACCCUGAGGAUGAGAGUGAGGCUGCUGUUUCCCUGCGGUAUCUCAUGCAGCUGAGUCGUCACUUCAGGAAAAGGCGCGAAAAAGACGGUGCCCUGUUCUUGUGUUCGCAGGAGUUUAAGUUUAAGGUUGACAACGAUCACGUGAAUCCAACGGACAUGCAAGCAUAUCAGACUUUUGAUUCUAACUCGAUGAUUGAGGAAUGGAUGCUUUUCGCCAAUGCAGCGGCGGCACGGCGCGUGUACGCCAGUUUUCCUCGGUGGACCCUCCUGCGUCGCCAUCAGGCCCCCGCUGAGAAUGCUUUCGACACGCUGAAUGAGGCAAUACGUAGGAAGAUUGGUCUGAAACUCGACGACACCACAUCCCUUGCGUUAAACGAAUCGUUAGAGAAAUGUGUUGAUCCAUCUGAUCCCUAUUUCAACAGGCUUAUCCGCACCCUUGUCACUAGAUGUCUGCGUCAGGCACAGUAUUUUUCAAGUAGCGAGGUGUCGAAGGACGAGUUUCACCAUUUCGGUCUUGCCAUGCCUAUUUACACGCACUUUACCUCCCCUAUUCGUCGGUACGCGGACGUAAUUGUGCAUCGGCAGCUUGCAGCAGCGCUCGGAAUUAUGGAUGUUAGCGAAGCUCAUAUGGUUUCCGUUAAGAUGGAGGCAUUGGCCUCCAAUCUUAACUACCGCCACGAGCAAGCGCAGAAGGCUGGACGCGACUCGCAAAAUCUCUUUACAGGAUUCUACUUGCGUAACUUCGCAAACCAGGAAAUACCAUCGGAGGACGGUUAUGUGGUUAAGUUGUCGGAAACACAUGUGUUUGUUCUUGUUCCAAAGUAUGGCCAGGAAGGGAAAAUCGCGAAAGAGACGCUGGUUCGCGUGCCCAACUUACUUGAUAAGGUGAAGGUUGGUAUUGAAGUGCGGCAACGCGGUGAUGUGCUCCGGGCUUCGCUAGUCUUUUCGAUUAUUGGUUUAACGAAGGGUUGUGAGGACGUCAGUGAACCAGUCGCAAUAGCGGGUGAAGAUUUACCGUUGAAGAGGCAGCGGCUGGAGGAGGGGCAACAGUAA